UACCGCUUGUGCCCUACUAGGUCCAUUCUUCUGUCAUUCAUAGCCACGUCCCAGCCUGCCGUACGACAACUGAUAGAUAAAAGAGGACUGGAUAAAGGGUGUUUAGCCUACGAGAAUGUUAAAUAUACGUGAUACUGUCUUAGGUGAUCAAAAUAUACUCGAUAAAUGACACAGGAAGUUCAUAAUAUAUUUUCUUCUUGAUAUAUUGAAGGUAACCAUACAUUAUUAUUUUCAUCGUACAGCUGGCACCAUCGCAUCUACGUAAACAAAGUGCUCGGCUUCAUCCACGUCAAGCCCCAUAAAACACCCAAGAAGAAGCCGCCGCUGCCGCCUCGUCCAGACCCAGAUCUUCAUCCGCCUCCUCGUCGUCUUCCUCCUCCUGCAUCUUUAUCCGGGAGGUCCACAUGGUGACAUGCGUGCCUAGGUCUGCAGGGUGAUGCGGCACCGGCCCCUGUGAUGCCCAGGGCGCGGCGGACCUGCUGCUGUGGCGGGUGCAGCACUACAUCUUUCACCAGAAAAACAUGAACCACUGCCUUGUGGUAGGACUAGGCAGGGAGGGGCAGGGGGUGUGCCUGCUGCUGCCGGGCUGUCCCUGAGGCGCCAUGUUCCGGCGUCUGCGGCACCUGGGCCAGGCCUUCCUGCUGGUGACCUUUGCUGCCCUGCUGGUCUUUCUCUUUGGCUGGAGGGAGGCCCAGCCAAGUGUGGGCCCCUCUGCUGUCCCUCAUGUUCAGCAGGGCAGAGUAGGGGAGGCCAGCCAGCAGGAGGGCCACUCCACUCCCGGGAACAUGCCGCCGCCGCUGCUGGACUUAUUUGAGCAGCAGCGGGAGGCCGUGCCGCUGGACGCCAGAGAGAAUGACCUGCUGUACCGGCCGCCCCUGGACAUCGCCUUUAUCUUCACCCAUGCACGGGACAAUUGGUCACUACAAUCCCAGCUGAGGGUGGCGGCGUCAUCCCUGCUAGAGCACUCAUCCGCUCCACUGCGCCUCCACCUCAUCACAGACGAGGACGGCUUCUUGACGGCCACGCGCAUCAUCAGCGACGUCCAGGCGGCCACACACCUCGACGCACGGCAUAUCAAGCUGGUGUAUGUCUCGGCCGAUAACUUCAUCCCCGAGAUCGAGUCAUCGGUCACGGUUCUUCAGGAGUUCUUCACACGGCAUGCCAACUCCUACUACCGGGAUGCCCUCUUCUUCUUCUCCCUCCAUCUGCAUCGGUUGCUGCCCGGCCUGGACCGCGUCAUUCUCAUGGACAUCGACAUCAAGGUGAAGGGCGAUGCAGCUGAGCUCUACUCUCACUUCGAGCGCUUCACUGAGAGCAACGUGAUCGGCAUGACACUGGAGCAGUCACCUGUCUACCGGCACCUGCUUUCAGCCUACCACCGCACCCACCCCAACACCACUCUGGGGGGGCCACCUACCGAGGGGGGCUUCCCGGGCUACAACAGCGGCGUGGUGCUGGUCGAUAUUAACAAGCUGAGGCAGUCCAAGAUUAUCAAGAGCUACAUGGAAAGGAGCAAACUGGUGGAGCGGACUAGCCACUACAGCUUCCAGGGACAUCUCGGGGACCAGGAUCUGUAUACUCUCAUCGCCCUUGACCACCCAGAGGUCUUCUAUACGCUGCCCUGCACAUGGAACCGUCAACUUUGUGAAUGGUGGAGAGGGCACGGCUACCAGUCUGUGUUUGACAAAUACUUCGCCUGUCCUCAAGAGCUCAAAAUCAUCCAUGGAAAUUGCAAAACUCCUAUUCCGGAUAACUUGUGAGGGUGGUCAUAGGGUGGGUGAUAGUUAGGUUAGGUGAUGGUGAUGGUGGAUGGGGGUAGUCAGUCUGUCCUCACGAGCUCAAAAUCAUCCAUGGAAAUUGCAAAACUCCUAUUCCGGAUAACUUGUGAGGGUGGUUUAGUGUGUCUUAGAGUGGGUGAUAGUAAGGUUAUUUGAUAGUGGUGGUGGUGGUGGAUGGAGGUAGUCAGUCUGCCCUCAUGAGCUCUAAAUCAUCCAUGGAAAUUGCAAAACUCCUAUUCUGGAUAACUUGUGAGGGUGGUUUUGUGUGUCUUAGAGUGGAUGAUAGUUAAGUUAGGUGAUGGUGGUGGUGGGUAGUUAAACUAUCUGCAAAAGAUUGAUAUCAUCCAUGGAAACUGCAAGACUCCAAUUCUGGAUGAUUUGUGAGAGUGGGCAUAUGGGUGAAAGUAAGGUUAGGUGGUGGGGGUGAUGAUGGUGGAUAGGGUUAGUGGGUAGGGCCAGUUUUAGUAAAGUAAUGAAUGCCUUUUGGGGCCCCUUCGUCAUCCUCAUCAUCUGUCAUAUACUUAGUCUACUGCAGGGCAUUACUUAACCUAACUUGAUGUGACCUAACCAAAGUUUUUUCUAUAUCUUCUCCUCUCUGUCUGGUGUGGGUGUCCUCCAUCAUGGUCUGGCUCCUAACAUCAUCAGGAAUUCACUUAGUCUUUUGCAGGGCAUUACUUAACCUAACCUGAUGUGACCUAACCAAAGUUUUUCUAUGUUUUCCUCCUCUCUGUCUGGUGUGGGUGUCCUCCUUUAUCCUGAUCUGGUAUAGCUUUAAGUUUACCCUCUCACCAGGUUCUCUCUGUCUGAUGCUAGAGUUACUACUCCAUCCCACCCUGACAAAGUAUCUGAUUUCGUGUCUCCAUCUGGUUCACUGUCAGACCCAAUAUUUACAGUUCCUGGUUGCCAUUCUGUCCUUUAGGUUCUCCAUCUGGUAUUUCUUGUUUUGGCUUUUCCCUGUUAGCAGUUACCAGUGGAUCUGAUUUCGUCACUGCACCUGGUUCACUGUCAGACCUAAUAUUUACACUUCCUGGGUUAUCAUUCUGUUCUUUAGGUUCUCCAUCUGGUAUCUUCUUUCAGCUGUUCCCUGUUUGCCGUCACCAGUGGAUCUGAUUUUGUCACUCCACCUGGUUCGCUGUCAGACCUAAUAUUUACACUUCCUGGGUUAUCAUUCUCUUCUUUAGGUUCUCCAUCUGGUCUCUCCUUUUAGCUCUUCUCUGUUUGCUGUUACCAGUGGAUCUGAUUUUGUCACUCCACCCGGUUUGCUGUCAGACCUAAUAUUUACACUUCCUGGGUUAUCAUUCUCUUCUUUAGGUUCUCCAUCUGGUCUCUCCUUUUAGCUCUUCUCUGUUUGCUGUUACCAGUGGAUCUGAUUUUGUCACUCCACCCGGUUCGCUGUCAGACCUAAUAUUUACACUUCCUGGGUUAUCAUUCUGUUCUUUAGGUUCUCCAUCUGGUAUCUUCUUUCAGCUGUUCCCUGUUUUCCGUUACCAGUGGAUCUGAUUUUGUCACUCCACCCGGUUCGCUGUCAGACCUAAUAUUUACACUUCCUGGGUUAUCAUUCUCUUCUUUAGGUUCUCCAUCUGGUCUCUCCUUUUAGCUCUUCUCUGUUUGCUGUUACCAGUGGAUAUGAUUUUGUCACUCCACCCGGUUUGCUGUCAGACCUAAUAUUUACACUUCCUGGGUUAUCAUUCUCUUCUUUAGGUUCUCCAUCUGGUCUCUCCUUUUAGCUCUUCUCUGUUUGCUGUUACCAGUGGAUAUGAUUUUGUCUUCACCUGGUUCACUGUCAGACCUAAUUUCUACACUUCCUGGGUUAUCAUUCUCUUCUUUAGGUUCUCCAUCUGGUCUCUCCUUUUAGCUCUUCUCUGUUUGCUGUUACCAGUGGAUAUGAUUUUGUCUUCACCUGGUUCACUGUCAGACCUAAUUUCUACACUUCCUUGGCUGUCACUCUGUUCCUUAGCUUGCCUAUCUGAUAUCCUCUUCCUCUUUAUGCCUUUCCCUGUUAGGAGUCACCACAGUGGAUCAUUUUUCUUCACUCUAUAAGGGGUAUGAUGGAUGACUGUGGUGGGUGAAGGUGUAGAUGAGAGGAGGUAAGGUUGGGUGGAUGUGGUGGAGAUGGAUGAGUGAGCUAGAGGUUAUAUUAGCAAAAGAUUCUAUGCAAGAAGGUGUGAGGAAGCUGUAUAUGGGGGAUGAGGGGUAUGAUGGAUGAUUGGGGUGGAUGAGGAGGUAACAGUUCAGUGGGAUGUGGUUGUACUGCAAAAGCUUCUAUACAAGAGACUGUGAGGAAAAAUUGUGUGGAGUGGAUGAUGGAUAUGAUGGAUGAUAGGGGUGGAUGAGAGAAAGGAACGGGUGAAGAUGCAUAAGUAAGCUAGCAAAGUAUUCUAUAAGUAUUCUCUAUAUAUGGUGUGACUUAAGGCAUUGUCAUAUAAAAGCAUAACCUAACAAUAGCUCUUAGGAUGGGCACAUAAGCCAAUCUUAACUCUCGUGUUCUUGCUUCUUAUAACUAGUGCUUGUGACCUAGUGAUCCUUAAAGGGUGUGGUAAUGAGUAUUUUAGGGUGUAUAGGUAGGCAUUAGGGACCAACUUCAAGGGGAAAUAUGCAAUUUGUGGGGGGGGGGGAGCUUAGGAAGGGAGGGAAGUAAAGGAGAAAGGAAGGGAAGAGGAAGGGAGGGAAGAGGAACAAUGGGAGGAAGGGAGGGAAGGAAAGGAGAAAGGAAGGGAGCAAAGAAAGAAAAGGAAAGAUGGGAGAAAGGAAAGGAAGAGGAAGGGAGGAAGUAAGGAAGGAAGAGAAAAGAAAGAAUGGCAUGUUCCAGUGUAGAGAAGAGAGACAGUAUUACAGAACUAUCAUAAGC